UCGAGAACAAGGAGUCGAGUUUUGUUGGUGGCCAGUUGCUCCCUGGCAAUCAGCCGAGCUGUCUCGGUUAUUUCGCUAACUGUUUACAUCGUCGUCUGCAUAUGCGUAGAACCGUAGACAACAGCCGCGGAUCGGCCAACUGGGAAUAGAAAUGAGGCUUCUAGAGAAAAAGAAGAGGAGUAAUGAAAAUUGUGAUACAAAUAAUCCUCACUGUGAUAAUCGCGAGUGGGAGAUCUAUCCUAAGAAUCGAGGAAGUGAACUCGAAUGUUGAGUAAUUCACGAACGCCUGAUUUGAAUAUUAAAACAACAAUUAUAUAAAUAAAUCAAUCAAUUAAUGAAAAUAUUAUAUGGAACAAAGAAUAUUUGUCCUGGCUGUAUUGUCCGUGCGAAAGAAGACGAGGAUCAGGACAACGAAACGGGUGAGAAUGAGAAGGAGGAACACUGUUCUGUAUUGACUGUUCUCAUGUCGUCGUUAUACUACCCAUAACCUACCCCUAACCCGAAAGAGCCUAAGCCACGUCUUCUUAUCGCGCUCUACUCACGAAUAGUUGUACAAAUAUUAACAAGUGUCGUUGACGUUGUGUUUUCGUGAAGAAGAGAGUGCGUACGGUAAAUUGGCGGUGAGAGACGGAAUAAGAACGAUAAUAAUAACAACAACAGUAAUAAAUCGGCAACAACAGCGACAGCAGGAAGAGGAGAAAGGGAAGAAGACGUUAGCGGAUUUCUUCUGAUCAAUGAAUAACUGCACAACGGGGGCCGGCCUCGCGGCUGCUGCUUCUGCCACUUUUCUUCCAGAGGAAAAACAAGAAAUCGAGAUUCGGCCCCGGCCCAGCUGACUACUGGCAACGCCGGUUAACGUGCUCGUUAUUACCACAGCCGUCGUCCAAAUAUCUUCCCUGAUACUUUAUUAUUUUCAUCCACGCUACUGCUCGGUAUAACGACGACGAGAGAACAUGCAGCGUCGGUAGUGCGAGAGAACAACGAAAAAUCGAGAAGAAGAGGGAGAGAGGGUAGAGAAAAGGGCGCAAACGGUACCAAGGAGCUCGAAACCGAGAAGAAAUUAAAUUCGUUAUAUAUCCGGUCCACAUAUAUACUUGAGUGUGUGUAUAUAUACACCUGUUAUCGUUUAUCCAACACCUGAAGACACAAGGCGCAAAGAUGCUUUACGUAUUUCACGUUGACACCGGGACGACGAUCACCUUCGACAUGAAGCUGGCCCUUGAGAGUGUCUCUCAGCUGAAGGAGGCUAUAGAAAGAGAAUGUGGAGUGGCGGCCGGACAGCAAGUCCUGCUUGUGAGCGGGGGUGAAAGUCUCGAACCAAAUGCGAGGGUCUGCACCUAUUCCGCGGGAACGGACACCAACCCUAUUUACCUGUUCAGCAAAGCUGCGAUUGAGAGUCCUCAGCCUCCCGUACCGAGCAUAGACUAUGGUUCAGAUGUGGAUCUUCAAGGGCAGAUCGAGGCAUCGUUGGUGAUGCCAGCUACGUAUCAAACGGUUGUGGCACGAGCGCAGCUGGGUCAACAGUGCUGGGCGCUGGCGAGGAACCAGACAAGUGUUUGCGAGAGGCUUGUCCACGACCAGCAUCUGCAGCAGCAGGGCUGGGCCGCAGUGGUCGCGAACCUGGAAGACAUAACGCAGAUGUUCCAAUCUAGGGUGGAACUGCUCCAACAGAGCUUCACUCUCUACUUGACGGAACGGCAGCAGCACAUCGAGCUCUUAAACAACUUCAAUGAGAACCUUCGCAUGCUCUCAAAAAUCCCCAUCCUCCCAGCGCUUCGAGUGCACGCAGACGGCCUGCUGAGCCCUGAGGACCAAGAUGGCGCAGAGUUGGGAAGCAACGGCACGACGACGACGGCAGAGCCGUCAAGUGACGCUGCAACAAGUGAACAAGAUUUGAGCCUGCUAAGGUGGAUAUCAGCGAAGGACAAUCAGAGCAGCCUUGAGCAGGUUGCCGAACAGUGCUCGAGGGGCUUGGAGCAGUUCGACGAGCGGGUAAUGGAGUCGCUGAAGUCAGAGGUGAACAGUGCCAUCGAGGCGGCAAAUAAGCAGGACAUGAAGGAGAUCAAGGGGCUCGGAGAGCGGCUCUACGGGCUGGAGCAGCUCAUGUUUGAGGCGAAGAAACUGGUCCAGGAGCAGGGCGACCUGGCGCAGGCCUUCUUGCAGAAUCAGAAUAGAGCCAGCAACCUCGGGGACGCAAGCAUCCUUCCGGAUCUCUGCGCAUCCCACAAACGACAGCUGCAGGUCAUGCUCCAAAAUCACAACCACCUCCGGGACAUAAGAAGGCGGUGCACCAAGGCGAAGGAGGAGCUCUCAGUGAACCUUUAUCAGCGACUGAAGUGGAUAAUGUAUGUCGAAAACAAAAUGAUGGAGGUCGAUGGGAAGCUCGUCAUGUACCAUGAAAGCCUUAAGCGGCUCAGACGCCAUCUUGAGGUGCUUCAGCAAAUACAUCUCGCACCUAAAAUGUACAUGUGCGCUGUAGUCGAGGUCGUCAGGCGCAGGACAUUCUCUCAAGCCUUUCUCGUGUGGGCUAGUAACCUCGCCUGCCAGCUCCUCACUGUUCAUAGCGAGGAGAUCGCCAGGAGAAGGGAUUUUCAGGCGAAAUUUGACGGGCACUUCUUGAACACACUUUUUCCUGGACUCGAGGACACUCCCCCAUCUUUCGCCACUCAGGCUCCUUCUGUUUUCGACAGUGCGUUACCAAAGCUUACUUCAGACGAUAUGGAAUCGUUAAGAAAAACUUUGCCCGAUCUUGCCCUGGCAGUGUCUACGCCUGACCUGUCCAGCAUCACUCAAUUCUUCUUGUCGAAAAGUCUGACCGAGGGGAGCAGCACCGAAGGUUCAAAGGAGAAGGAAAACGAGCAGGGCUUAACGAAUCCUGACGAUAAAAAUUCGAGCCCUCGGAGGGCGCCGCUCCUUGGUGAUCGCGGCGGGGGUUUCGAGUCUGAGACGGACACCGAAGAGUUUGAAAAAAUCGGGCAACAGGGUCAGACGAUGACGGAGCUGAAGCAGGGCGGAGUCGAUCUCGAAUCAUUCGACGGUGACACCUCGUCGGAUAAGGAAAAACGAUCAGAGUUAGCCGCCACCGCCGCGACGACGUCAACGACGACGGUUAACAUUCAAGAUCAUCACCGUCAUCAUCAUCGCCGUCGGUGUCACUUGUCGAAGAGCAACAACAACGACAGCAAAUCUGCUGCUGCUACUUCUUCUUCUUCUGCUGUUACUCGUUCUCCCGACGGUCAUAAUCAUCCUGAUCCCAUAAAUAAUCCUUCCUUAAUUAAUCCCGCGGUGUGCGACGGUGGCGGAAGUGGAAACGAAGGUUCCGGAGAAGCUUGCAGAUCAGGAUCAGGAUCAAGAUCGGGAACCAGAGAGCAAGGAGGGCAGCAGCUCGACAGUGCGGGAAGCAGUUCUUCGUUGGAAAAUGGAAUCGGGGAUUUCAUGGGUACCGAAUUUUAUAUGGACGAAUCAUUGCCCAGCAGCCUUAGCGAACACCCGGGUCCAGGUGUCGAUGUUCAUCAUCAAGCAAUCGUGUCCCUAUUACAGGAGAACUUGGGAAACACGCGCGAAGAAGUCGAACGACUCCGGUCGGUGCUUCGCUGCAUGAAAUCGGUGGCAGGUGAAGCUCUGCUGGCGUUCCGUCAGGAGUUGACGAUAAUAAGGGAGCACACCCUCAUGGACAAAUCAGGGCUGACGGAGUUGACGCAGGGCGUGAGACAGGCGCUGGCAAUUCACUCCGGAGAAUGUGAGAGGACGCUGCAAGAGCGAGAGCAGGAACUGACUGUCGACCACGAGCUGGAAAUGGCUGAUUUACGAAAGCUGAUGCAGAGCCGGGAGGAAGACAUUCGUUCCCUCGAGCAGACCAUCGUCGAGAAGGAAGCCGAGCUCUCUGAGCACGAGAGGCUGCUUACGGCUUUGCGCCAGAAGAUGGAGGCUGACCAGACGGAGUUCCGCCAGUUUCAGUCCAGGAUCAUUAUCAUGGAGGAAGCCAUCGACAGGGCCAACAUAGAGAAAGACAUCGCUCUCAAGGAGAGCCAGCAGGCGAGUAAAGCCGAGAUCGAUGCGCUUAAUGCCUCGCUUGCUCAAAGCCAGGAGAGGGUAGGACAGCUUGAGGAACGCCUCAAUGCUGCCAGAGCUGAGCACGAGGAGGCUAUCAAAGCUGCCACAGAGAAGUAUCAGAAGGAGUAUAAACAGGAACUAGAGAACAUCAGGAGCAGGUUCAAGCUCAUGGCUGCGUCGACGAUGGAAAGAAGUCCGAGCGAUUCGAGCCUUGAGAAGAUCGAGCGUCCUGACAUGAUUGAGCUGGUCAACCAUGAGACGAUUUUGGCAAAGUUGCGAGAGGAUAUGAGGGCUGAGAGAACGGUAGCUAUUCGUGCAGCCAUCGAUAAGGAGAGGUCGGAUUGUGCUGCCAAAUUGGACCACGAACUGAGACUGGCCAGGCAGAGGAACGACGCUGAGAGGCAGGUCUGGUUUAAUGAAGCCAUGCGCAGGGUGAUCGAGGAGAAGGAGAGACAGGUGGAAACUCAUAGGUCCAAGGAAGCCAUGCUGUCCGAAGAGUGUGAACGCUUCAAGGUAACCAUCAGGAGGCUCACCGAGUCGGAGAACAUGAUUCGGCAAACGCUUACCGAAACCGUCGAGAGUCUUGAGGCGGAUAAAGUGAGACUAGAGGCGAACAUGGAGGUGGAUAAAAACGUGUUGAAAGAGCGUGAGGACAAGUUGAAGGAGUUGGAAUCCGAGAGAGACAAAUUGAGAGGGGAGCUGAAUGACGAACGUUUGAAGAUGAGUGAGGGAGGUGGGUGCUUGGAGGAGGCUGUGAAGAUGUUGGAAGCGAAGAACGAGAGGCUGGAGACGAUAAAUGCCGGGACUGACUCACGACUGCAGAAGCUUGAGGCGGAGAAGGACAAGCUAAAGGCAGAGCUAGAGAUCCACAGGAAAAACGACGAGAUUGAAGUUUCAGAGUCGAAGAAGGUACGUCUGGAGUCAGAACCAGACCUCCAGGACCUGAUCCGGCGACUCGAGCUAGUCGAGAGCGAGAACAAGCGGCUAAAAUCCGAGGUGCGGAUGCUCCGCGAGAGCAGAAGCAUCCUCGACUCAAAGGUCGAGGCCCUGAAGUCCGACAAUGUUGCCUUGAAGAUGGAACUCGUUGAAGAAAGAUCGCGCCGGAAUUUUCCCGGCGAGGCAACAAACGCCACCACAGCUCCCGAUCCUCGCGAUAAGGACAUGAGCACCUCGGUCGCUGUGAUCCCAGAAUGUUCGAGCCGCGAUGCUGCGACGAGCCCCAAACUUAGCAAGCGAAAGUUGGCGGCCCACUUCCACAACAAACUCACUCGCAGCACGAGAAACCUUAUCCAGCAGUCAAGGAUCAGCAUCUGCACGUGCAAUCCAGGCGAUAUCGUCCUCGUGCUGUGGGAACCUGCUUAUUCGUCUUACACCGUAUUUCAGGAAACUGAUGCAAUAUAUUUAGUACACUCCGACAGCAUCGUCCUUCUCGAUCUGACAUUUAAUUCUGACGGCACACCGAAGAAGAAUCAUACCGUUGCGGAGGUUAUCAAAAAGGAGUGGUGCCUUGCGAAAAAGGCCAACAAUCGAUAUAAAGUUGAGGAAGGCAAAACAUUUUACCGGGUUAAACUUAAGCCACAGCAGAAAGAGAGCGGCAGUAUCUGCGCUGGCAGUAGUGGCACCAGUAGCCGUCAGACAGGCGGGGCAUCGGCGAAAGAAGAAUCUUCGUCAUCGUCUCAGCAACAUCAGCCUUCAUCCCACUGACAAACGGUAGCGUCGCAUCCCGACUUGAGUUCCGGAACACGAUUAAGCUGGCGUAAUGAUACAGCAAAUGAUUAUCGAAUUAAAACUAUCGUAUCACCUGUAUCGAGGAUGUCGAGAUUCUUUGAGUACAUUAGUAUUUCUUCUUGCCUGAUCAGCCUAUUCAAAUGCCAGGUGAUUGGCAUGCGAAAUAAUAAUAACAAGAAGAAUAAUAAUAAUAAUGAAAAUGAUAAUAGGCAAUUGAGACGUACGGUCGGUUAAUUUUAUGGGAUAUUCAAUCAUUUCUAAUCGAUAUAGAAUUUUAGCGGUAUCGAUGCGUGAAGAAAGGAAGUGACUAAAUAUUAAAAAAAAAAAAAAAAAAUCAUCAGUAUACCCAUUUGAUACUGAGACUUUUUGAAAAAUUUGAUGCGUUUGACAACAUUUUUGUUAGUUUUUAAUCACACAAUGAUAACAAGUAAUAAAAGAAUGAUAAAAUUUGAAAAACUAGAGGCAGAGAAGGAAUAUGCAGAAAUUAAUUGUUCAGUUGAAGAAUAAUAAUUGAAAUAAGAGAAAUGAACAUAUUCUGAAUGGAUUUUUUUUUUUCUUCGGUUGUUGUCUCCUAAAGAAUGAACAAGGUUGAUGAAUUCAGAUUCCUAUUUAUAGGUACUACAUCUGGGUGAAGCCUUGAUAAUAUGAAUGAAUUCUAUAAUAUAAUAUUAUUACUAUAUUGUACCUAGAUGAUGUUAAUCAAUUGAUUACCUGUAAUUUUCGUGAUAUAAAAUAUUAUAGUUGUAAUACGAAUAGUAAUAUUAAUAAUAGGGUACGUAGAUCAGGAUAUUAAACUUUACGAUAAUAUUAACGAUUCGAAAUAACAAUGAUAAUAAUGAUGAAUGAGUAAAUGAUACAACAUUAAUGAUAAUAUUAAUAACGAAGGCAUGAAAAAUAUGAUUAAUUGCGUAUUCAACUUGGAAAUGAGCCUA